UAUGGUCAUUAUCCUUCCAAAAGAAAGAACAGGGCUACUAAAACUGAUCGAAAAGUUUAAAGAAAGCCCCCAUCUUCUAACAAGCCAGCAUUUGAAAAUGAAGAACGAGUUGAUAACGUGUUUAUCUAUUCCAAGAUUUAAGCUCUCGUACAAUUUUAUACCUUCGGAGAAUAUGCAAGAACUGGGGUUAACAUUGCCUUUCGACUUCAAUGGUGAGCUCGAUGGUUUGAUUGAAGAUAAUGACCUAAAAGUUUCUAGAAUCACCCAACAUACUCAAGUUGAAUGCAAUGAGAAAGGUACAGAAGUAAUAACUUGCACUUAUGACUCGGAUGAAGAUAUGGGUUUUAGUUUUGAUUCGCCGCCGCCUCCAAAGCCGAGUAUAUGGUUCAUCGCUGAUCAUCCCUUUAUGUUUAUGAUCAAAGAAGAUGUCAGUGACAAUAUAUUUUUCCUUGGUGCCAUUUUCAAUCCUCUGGAAAAAGAUAAUCGAGUUAUAUCCAAAAUUGAUCCUGUGGAUAAAGAAAAUGAAGACAUAUCUGACAAUGAAGAAUCCGAUGAUUCUGAGGGUUUUAGUCUAUUUGAUUAAAUAUCUGACAGUGAAUACUAGAUAAAUGACCUUUGC